AUGUGUGAAUCGUCAUCUUACUCAUCCUCAUCGUCACAAUCAAAAUCUUAUAUCAAAGUUGAAGAUCAAAAUCAAAUUGAAUUAGAUAAUUUAUUUCGUGUUGCCACUAAUCCGCACCAUAUAGAACGUUUUCGUCAUGUAUCAAAACCGUUUCGUGAGCGAGAUUUACCCGUGUCGUUUUUUCAACCACCAAAAUCGACGUCUGCCUCAUCAUCAACAAAUUCAAUUACAGGAAUGGAAAGCAGUUCAACUGUUGACCAUCAUCAACAUGUUAAAAAUCAGCUAAGUUUACCAAAUAUGCCAUCGACUUCUACAACUCUUUUGAGAACAAUUAUCGAUAAUAAUCACAUUCAAGGACAUCUACGGACAGUAUCGGAUACAGCUGUUUUAGAUGGCCAGGGUGGAACAACACGAGACACAUCGCAAUUACAAUCACAAGCAAACUCACAAAUAUCUUUAUUACCAUUGCCUGAGGGAUGGGAAAUGAAGAAGACGUUAGAUGGACGACUUUAUUUUAUCGAGUACGUAGUUCUUAUUGAUUCUUCAGUUCUGUGUGCUAAGAAGUGUGCAAAGAAACUACAAUUUUUGUCAUUCUCUUUUAGUCAUUUAACGCAACUGACAACAUGGAAUGAUCCUCGCCCAAUGCAUUAUCAACAAUUCGCAUCGUAUGUUCAAACCCUUCCUCUUCCAGAUGGUUAUGAACUAUCGGAAGAUUCAAAAGGAAAUCCUUAUUUUAUAAACCAUAAUCUACAGCAAACACAAUGGGAUGAUCCACGAAUAAAGUAUUAUUGGUCACUGUCAACAAAACGUUUGGAUACCGGUGCUUCUAAUGGUAUUGCUUCUCAAUCAUCUAUUUCUCCAAUAGCAUCAACAACACCUCAUUAUAUUCUUCAUCGUUCACCGUCCGGUGGUGGGUUAGUUCCAUCAAAUUCUUCGACAUCCUUAUCAUCGUCAACAAGUGGUGUCCCGAUCCAUGGCACAUCACCACCUGUGCCAUCAUUGGGCUCAUUGCAUCAGAAUGAAACAUUGAAACAGAAACUAUGUGUAAUUAUGAAUGAACAAAGAGCAGUACAACAGCGCAGAGAAGAAUUAGAUAGAAUGACAGAAAAUUUGUCAUUAAAUGAUAAUGGUAAAGAGACUGAUGUUCGUAAAAUGUUAAAUGAACGUUGCAGUGGUAAUUUGUUGUCUGAUCAGCAGGCAGGCAUUGAUUCAUUUCUAGAACUUUUACACCAUCAUCGACAAAAUAGUGAAGAUAGUGGAGUCGGAGAAGGGCGUAACAGUAUCAAUCGUACACCAGAUGCUUUGACAACGAGUGAUGAUUCGAUGUUUCUUAAUCCAAUAGAUUACGGCAAAUUUCCAGUGGAAAUGGAGGUACAACAGCCCAUUAUGCAGGAUUUGAACGGACCACAAUUUAAAAUUAUGGACGAUGAUAAUAGUGAUAAUAAUUGUAUUGAUAAAUCAGUUAUGAAACUACGUAAUAUAUCUUCAGAAGAAAAAACUGAAUUAGGCAUGCUAAAAUGUCGUAUAAUGGAUCAAUCACGAUUAAUAAUGAUGUUAAAAAUGCGAAAUGAUGAAUAUAUCAUAUCAAAUAUGACAUUAGAUAAAGUAAAUAAUGAAUUACAAUCAAAAUUAGAUAUAUUAGAACAACAACUUACAUCUGAACAAAGUCUAGAAGAUCAGAAUAAACAGUUAAAACAAACCAUUGAACAAUUAAAAAUUCAACAUUUUUAUGUUGAACAAAAAUCACAAGAAUAUAAACAAAUAAUUGAUCAAUUAAAAUCAAAUGAAAAAUAUCAACAAGAACAACUACAACUGGAAUUGAGUAAUGAACAAAAAAAAUCUAAUCAUUUGAAUCAAAAAUUACAACAAAAUGUGGAAGAUAUCGAACGUUUGAAAAUGUUACAUGAGAAAGAGAUAAAUAACAAUCAAACAUAUUAUAUGAAGAAAAUAGAUGAAAAUAAUAAUGAAAGAUUAAAAUUAGAAGAAAAAUUAGCGGAUCUUCUAUCAGAAUUAAAAAUAAAAAAUGAUCAAUUGAAAACAAUUCAAAAACAAAAUAAUUUAGACUAUGAACAUGUUACAAAAACAAAUCAACAAUUAUUAAACCAAAACAAAACACUAGAACAGAAAAUAAAAGAUGUUACAAAUGGUUAUGAUAGACAAACUGAACGAAUCCAUGAAUUAGAAGUUAAUUUGAAAAAAUCCGAUGAACGCUUCAAAGUUGAAGAAGAAAAAGUGAACGUCAAUGUUCGUGUUAAACAAUUAGAAGAAAAGUUGUCGAAUGCAAAUGAGAAAUUAUCAAAUUUAUACCAGGAAUUUAAUGCGUAUAAAUUAUUUUCAAAUACGUUAUUAGAUAAAGAACGUCAGUUAAAUGAACGUUUACAAAACUUAUUUGGUGGUGCUAGUGUCAAUCGAACAACAAAAACAACAGAACAUUAG